AUGGCAUCCCAAAAACCUCGCACUCGGAAGCAAGCGAGAAGGCGAGCAGCCAGGAGCACUCGACGCCGCAAACCAAAGCGAAAGAGCCUUCCCAAAACACAUGAUCCUCUGGAACAGGCUUACGGAUAUGUCUUCGUUCCAAAGGGAGAUGUGUACAUCACGCGUCACUGCAGACGCAAGACCAAAGAGUCGAACCAAGUGAUAUAUUCCGUCUGGGACCGAGAGGGCGCCCAAAGGAUCGGCCUUCGGGUCCCCGCAGCCGUCCACUCUGAAGUGACCAGACUUGCAGGCUUGACGGCCAGGAAGCGCGCCCGCGCGGUCGAGGCUCGAGACGCCAGGUUCAUCUCCCAGAGCCGGAAACUUCUCCAGACACACUUCCCGCUAAUGCCCAACGAUACAGUGAAUGUGAUUCUUGGCCAUGCAUUCCUGAAAGGAUCCGGCCGAGUCGGACGAACCAGCACUUGCAGUGACAGGCACAAGGUCCAUCUUGCAGUCGAAGCUCACAUACGGCACCGACUCACCGCAUACGAUGCUCUGCUGGCAUCUGGGACCCCCCCGCUGGCCUGCCCGUAG